AUGAAGAAGAAAAUUCUGAACACCAUUCUCCUCCUCCUCUUCGUCUCAGCAUUCUCCUUCUUCAUCUUCAUCAUCCAACCAGACAGACUAUACCUACACGGGGUCGUCUACGAGGUUCGAGUCAUCAAUGGCUUCACCAACAAUUCAUCUUUGCCUUUGGUCAUAUGGUGUUCUUCAAAAGACAGCGAUUUGGGUGGGAGGGCGUUGCAAGAACACGAUGAUUUCAGCUGGAGAGUCACAACCAAGCUGUGGAACACCAACCAAUUCUGUUGUACCAUGAAAUGGGAUGCCAAAAGGAAGUCUUUUGAUGCGUUUAAGGUUCCAAGGGACUUCUACCGAUGUGGGAUUUUCAAGAAAUGUUCUUGGUUGGUUAGGGAAGAUGGCUUCUACUUUAGCCCUGAUGAGGUUAAUUGGAAGAAGGAUUUUCAGUGGUGAUCCAUCAAAACACACACGCGCACACACACACACAACACCUAUUUGUGUAAUGUUAAUAUGUUACGUUGGUCUGUUUUUGUUUGUUUUCUUAUGCUCUCUUGUCUUGUCUUGUUGAUUAUGGAAUGAAAUGAGAAGAUAAAAGCAACAACGUUAAUCAACUCUA